CUGUUUCGGCGUCAUUCUUUUUCCCAUCCAUCUUCCUUUCCCGUCCGAAGUCGCUGUAUUUCUUUCUCUCGGCGGCAUUCCGACAAAACACCAACACCACCCCACCACCGACGAUGCCACUAAAUCGACUAUUAUUACGAAAAGGCCUAGUGCCUCUCGUUUCCAAGUCGACCGUGCGACCCGCCGCGACAACCAUCCCGUGUCUGCGCCAAGGUGCUGCCGCUUCUGCUCCCGCCAGCACCAGCACCAGCAGCAGACAAGCGCAUACCGGCGCCCGCUCGGCCGCUCGUCCCCGUCUUCAGCAACGGUCAUGGGGGGCUCUCAACACCACCCUCGCGCCCCAGCAGCAGCGCCGUACCAUCUUCAUCCAGACCGAAAACACGCCUAACCCGGACUCGCUCAAGUUCCUGCCCAACCAAAAGGUCAUCCCGGACUCGAUCAAGACGCCCUUCAUCGAGUACAUGAACGCGCGUAGCACCAUUGCGCCGCCGUACCCUUCGCCGCUGGCCGCGCAGCUCAUGAACAUCGAGGGAGUCACCUCAGUCUUUUACGGCACCGACUUCAUCACGGUGACCAAGUCGGCCGACGCCAACUGGGCGCACAUCCGCCCGGAGGUGUUUGCACUCAUCACCGAGACCAUCACGUCGGGCCAGACGAUUGUCAACGUGGUGGAGCGCAACGAAGGGGAGGAAUCGACGCAAGAGUCGGACGAGAAGGAUAGCUUGGCGUACGACGAGAACGACAGCGAGGUGGUGGGCAUGAUCAAGGAGCUGCUGGAGACAAGGAUCCGCCCCGCGAUCCAGGAGGACGGUGGUGAUAUCGAGUUCCGCGGGUUCGAGGAUGGAAUCGUCAAGCUCAAGCUGCGCGGAGCAUGCCGGACGUGCGACUCGAGCACGGUGACGCUGAAGAACGGAAUUGAGGGCAUGUUGAUGCACUACAUUGAGGAAGUCCAAGGCGUCGAACAGGUACUUGACCCCGAAGAAGACAUAGCAUUGCAGGAGUUUCAGAAAUUCGAGGAGAAGUUGAGGAAGCAAAAGGGCGAAGUCCCUCCCACCACCGUAGGGAAGGACUCCUUGGAUUCUGUCCCUGGCUAAUCCGUUUCUCUUGGGGGGGCCUCACUCACUAUCUUUCUUAGAUUGAAGAACCGUCCUAGAAUUCAACCAUAAGCUUCUUAUGCCAUGUCCGUACCGUACCGUACCGUACCGUAUCCUCUACUCUUAAAACGGCUCUCGCCCUCAGAUAUACCCACCGUUGGAUAUAAACCAUACUUGAUUCAACCUGGACAGGAGCAGUAUACCAUAGUACCUCCCCAUGUCAACUUGAGCGGAUUGAAUUUGGUGUCCUUGUUUGUUCCCUUGACCCUUUCCGAUUACAGAUCGCCUUCCGUGAAAUACAAAGUCGAUACGAAAUCAUGCGGGUAGGGAACCCGCAAGGUCGUACAAGCCACUCGGGGUGGUAUGUGGAGCAUGGGAUAUGAUGGGAGAGAAUUGGAAGCUUCCCUGCCCCAACCUCAACCAUCUGGAUCUAAGCGUAAAGGUGCAAUCGAUGAUCGGUAGGAUCAGCCUGUUGACCGGUCAGGGUUCUGGAGGUAUCUCGCUGCAUGCAGGGUGUCAUGCCAUAUCAAGAAUGAACGAAGGGUAGUGGGUGGUCAGGUGCCGAUGAUUGCCGACACGGCUGCAAAAUGCCACCGAUACCUCGUGUCGUAUGAGUUGGGGUUAUGGCGUUGAUGUUGGUUGUGUACUGGGUGGGAUGGAUUUGUGGAUGUACGCAGUGAAGUAUAUAUGUGGAGGAAUAUCGUGAAACAGCUGGUACUCGCCUCUCAUGACUUGACAAGGCUUGGGAGCCUCGCAAGUAAUGUCUCAAAAAGCAGACACUUCUAGACCUAACAACUUGCAAGUCCU